GUGAGGGAGUGGGUCGCUGUUGUUGCCGUGCCUGACUGCCUCACCUUCCCCCAUCCGCGAGACCAGUGCACAACUGUGUACAUCAUCUUAGCGUAAUGGCAAAUGAAUCUUUUGAAAAUGAGGGAGGUACCGGUUCGAGAAACUCAAGAAAUACAAAUUUCACAUCAUCUGUGGAUCUCAGCACGUCCUUAGAUUCAAGUGUUCAGACUCGAAUAUUUAAAAUAAUUGUAAUCGGGGAUUCAAAUGUAGGGAAGACCUGCUUAACCUUCCGCUUCACUGGGGGAAGCUUUCCCGAGAAGACUGAGGCGACAAUCGGUGUGGAUUUCAGGGAGAAAGCAGUGGAAAUAGAGGGCGAAAAAAUAAAGGUGCAGGUGUGGGACACUGCAGGACAGGAGCGCUUCAGGAAGAGCAUGGUAGAACACUACUACCGCAAUGUGCACGCUGUCGUUUUCGUUUACGACGUCACCAAGAUGGCCUCAUUCCAGAACCUGAAGACGUGGAUCCAGGAGUGCAACGGGCACCGUGUCUCACCCACUGUGCCUCGGGUACUGGUGGGUAACAAGUGUGACCUGGUUAGUCAUAUCCAAGUACCCUCCAACACUGCCCUCAAGUUUGCAGACGCCCACAACAUGCUGCUGUUUGAGACCUCGGCGAAGGACCCCAAGGAGAGCCAAAAUGUGGACUCCAUUUUCAUGUGCCUGGCAUGUCGGCUGAAAGCCCAGAAGUCCCUGCUGUACAGGGAUGUUGAGAGGGAGGAUGGAAGGGUUAGGCUUUCACAAGAGACAGAUGUUAAUAAGAGUAACUGCCCUUGUUGAGGCUCCUCCACUCUGCAAUUAUUCCUUAUCUCCUUUUAAUACUGCUGUGACUUGAAUUGAACAAUUUAACAUAAACAACGUAAGGCAAAGAUACUGUUCUAAUGUUAACAUUUCUUGAAAGAAUGUGCCUGCAGUUAUUUCAAUUUCUUCUUAAAAAUGAUAAUAGUGUUUUGCUGUCUGUCUGUCUGACGCUCUCUUGUUUUACUCUCUUUCUUUGAUAUGUUAUCAUUAUCACAUUCUGUAAUAAUGGCCUUAAGUCAAGAGAGAUCAUCCAGUGGUGUUUGUAAAGUAUGUUUAUUUAUUUUGUAUUUGAGUUGUACAUGUCUGUACAUGUCUGCUGUCAGUAUUAUCAUGUAUGUACAUGUCUGCUGUCAGUAUUAUUGUUUCAUGCAAUAUACUUGUGUGUAACAUGAUUGUCACAAUCUCACAAAGGGACUUUCAUAAAGACUAUUUGGGCUUCACACUGACGUACUGUAUAUGUGCUGCAAUCGUUUUACAUUUGUUCAGUAUAUUGUUUGUGUUUUUUAACUAUAUUUUAAGAAAUAUCCGCUAAUAAUCCUUCACAUUGAAUUGUCAUAACCAUAAUGCAGAGGAUGGACAGGCAACGAUGCUAGUUAGCCCAAUACCCUCCCCCACCCCACCAGGGGUUUCUCUGGCAUCAGGUCUGCUAUUUCUGCUUUCUGUUUUCUCUCCAUUGAUCAUCAUCAUAUUUCUGAUCGUCAUCAAAACAUGCAAUUUGUGACCGUUUCCUGUCUUUGCUUCAAAAUUAAAUAUUCAACAAAUA